AUUAUUUAAAUUAGUGAUCCUAUAAAACAAUCUAGUAAGAAGAGCUAGUUCUUCUACAGAACCAGUGUGAAGUUCUGUAGUUUGUUUUGCAGAUGUUUAUACAGGGGUGCAGCCUUUCCCCAACAAUGUGGGGACUUUUGAUUGGGUGUAUAAUAUUGCAAAUGGCGAUGUCUCUGCAAGAGCCACAAGCAGCAGCAAUGUCUUUGCAAGAACCGCAAUCAGCAGCGAUAUCUCUGCAUGAACCGUUGUUUUUGGUUUUAUUUCCUGCUGAACUCUCCAGCCUUACCAACACCAGAGUAUGUGUACAUGUGCUUAAUGUUAAGGAACAUCUUGAUCUAACCAUAAGCUUUACGACUUCUGGAGAAAGCCAAACCAUGUGGGACACAGCAAAACACCCUAGCUACUUCAGAUGCUUUUCUCUUAAGGUUCCACCAGUUGGCUCCCAAGAUGGAAUAAUUGCAAACUUAUCAUUUGAGGCAAGGCAACAUAACCAUGUGGUCUUCCAAGAAGAAAAACUGGUCUAUAUCAGCAGUCAAAACUAUGGAACCAUUAUCCAGACUGACAAACCAAUCUACAAACUUGGCGAGAAAGUGGGAUGUCGCAUUGUUACUUUGGACUUUAAUUUCAUCCCUCAGGGUGUGGAGUAUCCAUUGAUUGAAGUGGAGGAUGCUGAAAGAAAUCGCAUUGCACAGUGGAUUAAUGUAAUGCCAAGUCAAGGUAUAGCGGAGAUUGCUUUCCAUUUGGAUUCAGAAGCAAUGCUGGGAGAGUAUACAAUCCACAUAAAGACUUCAGCAGACCAGGAUAUUUACCAGACCUUCACUGUUGAGAAGUACGUAUUGCCAAAGUUUGUGGUGGACAUCAAAGCUCCUAAUGUAGUAACUACUCUGGAUUCUGAUUUUUCCUUCUCUGUCUGUGGCAGGUAUACAUAUGCAAAACCUACAAAGGGCUUUGUAAAAGCAACUGUGUGCCAUUGCUGCUCCAUUCGUUGGCAUGGACCAGGAGAAAAUCCAUCUGAAGAUGAUGGCUGUCAACAAUUUUCUGGUCUGACUGACUCUGAUGGAUGUUUCUCCACUGUGGUGAGAACUGCAGGCUUGAACAUGUGGGAAUACGUGGAGUUCAGCAUAAGUGCAAGUCUUGAAGAGAGUGAUGCUGGUGUUGUGAUUAGUGCUUCUACAGUGGUGCCAGUGUCUGAAAAUAUUGUGACCAUGGAGUUUCAAAAUGUUGAGAGCUACUACCGGGCUGGCGUUCCUUACAUAGGAAAGAUUUUUCUGAGAAAAGCAGAUGGAACACCUAUGUCCAGUCAAAUGGUAUACCUUUUUGUCUACUCCAAAGAGGAAAUGAAGGCUACUUUUACCACCGAUUCAAAUGGCACUGCAUCAUUCUCCCUUGACACAACAAACUGGACUGGAAGAGUUGAGCUGAAGGCUCGAUACUUGCCUGAAGGAAAUUCCUCUGCCGAUGAGCCAUCACAUGACUAUGGGGAUGCAUAUUUUUCGGUUGAAGAAUUCUACUCUUCCACAACAAGUUUCGUGCAGAUUCAGUGCACGAAGAAAGAGCAUGCAUGUGGAACAAAGAUGAGCGUUUGGGUGGAUUAUGACAUCUUUCGAGAGGAAUUAAAACAUGAGAGAAGUCUUGACAUUUUCUACCUGGUCAUAUCAAAGAAUGAGAUUAUCAUUGAGGGAAGUUACAAAGUAGCUUUGGGAAAAGAUUAUGAAGCACAGGGCUCCUUUCCUAUCUCGCUUGAUGUCUCUGCCACACUGGCACCUGUUGCUCGUGUUUUGGUUUAUGCCGUGCUGCCCAGUGGUGGGGCGAUGGCGGACAGCUGUGACUUCGAUGUAGCCAAAUGUUUCAACAAUGAGGCAAUCCUGUGGUUUUCAAAGGAUCAGAUCCUCCCUGGAAAUGAUUUGACCCUCAACCUUCAGGCAUCUACCAGCUCACUGUGUGCUGUGAGAGUAGUGGAUCACAGUGUCCUAUUAAUGAAACCAGAGACUGAACUUACAGCAGAGCUGGUGUACAAUAUGCUUCCAGUACAGAACAAGGUUGGGUAUCCAUAUCAAGUAGCAGAAUACAACGGCAACCCAUGUCUUCUGCAGGGCAAGACAAAGCUUUUGCCACCACACUUUCGAAACCCUUAUGACACAUUUGGUAUCUUUAAAAGAGCAGGACUGAAGGUGAUCACAAACUGUGACAUGAAGAAACCAAUAAUUUGUUCUGAAGUAUACAGAGAAACAUUUAAGGGAAGCAAUCUGCCAGAUAUUGAACCUCUGAGCCUUAUAUCACAGUCCACCUCUGAAGCAGAGAAAGUGCGCACAUACUUUCCUGAGACAUGGCUCUGGGAACUACAUUUUGUUGGAGCUAAAGGACUAAACCUCCAAGUAACUGCCCCUGACACAAUCACAGAAUGGAAAGCAAGCAUGUUCUGCACUGGCAGCUCUGGAUUUGGUUUAGCAGACCCAGUUUCAUUGAUCACCUUCAAGCCUUUCUUCAUGGAACCGGUCCUGCCCUAUUCCAUCAUAAGGGGAGAGAGCUUUGACUUAAAGGUCAAAGUUUUCAGUUUUCUGGAGGACUGCAUCAUGGUACAUGUCCACCUUCAACAGUCUAGUGACUUUGACUUUAUUCCAUGCGAGACUUGUCAGUACACUAGCUGCCUCUGUGAAAAUGAAGAUGAGAUUUUCUUCUGGAACAUCAUUCCCAAAUCAUUAGGUGCAAUAAAUUUUACACUGCAUGCUGAGGCCUUAGAAACAACAGAGCUUUGCAGUGGCAUCAUUCCAAUUGUUCCCACAUCUGGCAAAAGCGAUACAGUGAUCAAGUCUCUCUUGGUGGAGCCUGAAGGUGUCCUUGUGGAACAUGCAAAGAGCUCCAUGAUGUGUGCAGAUGACUCUUCUGGUGAGGAAGACCUGGUUCUGCAACCCCCUGUUGAUGCUGUAAAUGAUACUGCAAGAGUUGAAAUCCUAGUAAUUGGUAAUAUCAUGGGAAGUGCAAUGGAAAACCUGGACCAACUUCUUGCCAUGCCAUAUGGAUGUGGUGAACAAAACAUGCUGGGUUUUUCUGUAGAUGUCAGUGUUAUGAAGUACCUGAAGGCUUCUGGACAGUUAAUGGAUACAGCUUUGAUAAAAGGCAUUGAAUUCCUGCAAAGUGGUUACCAGAGACAGUUAAACUACAAGCGUAAAGACUGUUCUUUCAGUGCUUUUGGAAAUUCUGAUGUUGAAGGAAGCCUCUGGCUUACAGCUUUUACAGCUACCCAAUUUGCCCAAGCUGCCGAUUUUAUCUUCAUCGAUUCCAGUGUAAUAGAAUGUGCUGUUCAGUGGAUGUCCCAGUAUCAGCUAGAAAACGGCUGUUUUAAGAAUGUUGGACAACUGUAUCAUACAUCUAUGAAGGGUGGUGUGAAUGAUGACGUCUCUCUCUCAGCAUACAUCUGCUAUUCAUUGCUGGAACUUCCAUCCACUCCUGACAUUGAUCACAUGGUCAGCCGUUGCAUACAGUGCCUAACCAGUGUACUACCAAAUGUGACCAACCCUUAUACUAUGGCACUUCUAGCAAAUGUCUUUAGGAAUCCUACUUAUAGCAGUUACAGAAUGGCAUUACUGCAGCAACUUGAUCUAUUGUCUAUCAAGGAAGAUGGCUUGAUCCACUGGGAAACCUCAAGCAGUCCGCCACCCAUCCAGACUUAUUGGUAUUCAGCACCCACUGCUCAGGUGGAAUUGGCAGGAUAUGUUAUACUGGCUUAUCUGUCGGAACAAGCUACAUUGGCUCCUGAUGUCAGCUAUGUCUCUGCAAUCGCACGGUGGAUUGUGAAGCAACAGGGACCAUAUGGAGGCUUUGAAACAACACAGGACACUGUAGUGGGCUUUGCUGCUCUCGCCAAAUAUGCUGCAGUGGUAAGAAAUAAGGAGCUUCACGCAACUGUACAGAUUACCCAUAAUCUGCAGGUGGUCGGCAGCCUUUCAGUCAAUGAUGCCAACAGUCUGGUUCUCCAACGGACAAGCUUAAGACAGUUACCUGGCAACUACACUGUUAAAGUCGUGGGCCAAGGGUGUGUCUAUGUCCAGGCAAUACUGCGUUACAACAUGUAUCCCACAAAAGGACCAGAUAGCUUUUCCAUUGAAGUGUUUGUGGAUCCUCAGGACUGCACGGAUAAUUCUACCAAGUCCUUUGUCAUCACCAUCAUUGUCAGUUACCUGGGAAAUCGCAAUGCAACAAACAUGGUCAUUAUUGAUGUACAGAUGCCAUCAGGCUUCAGUCCAGAUGAUGUCUCGCUAAAGCAGCUGGGGAAUCAAUAUCUAGUGAAAAAGGUAGUUGGCACAACAACAUCUGUCACAAUUUACCUGAGUGAGCUUGCUCAGAAACAACCAGAGAUGUAUAUGCUUACCAUGAAACAAGAUGUUGCUGUUGACAACCUGAAGGCUGCUACCAUUAGUAUAUAUGAUUACUACAAGCCAGAGGAUCGUGCAGUUGCAACGUACAGUGCACCAUGCAGUUCAGGAAUCUAGCUUGUUGGAUCAUUGGAACCUGUGCUAAUUCUGUGAAUGAAGAUUCCAGUAAAUGAGCAAUAAGUCACCAGUCCUACAAAUUUCACUCCAAAUGAAAAUGUUAGCUUUAUAUUAUUUUUGCUCAUUGAUAUAUGUAAAAUAAAGUAAUAUGACUGGUA